AUGGAGGUGCCGGCGGUGAACCAAGAGGCCAUAAUCCUGGCGCACUGGCUGCUUACAACAUGGGGCUACAUGGAACCAUGGCUCCCACCAUCCUACGCAUGGGGGAAUUUCACUAUUCUGGCUGUGGGGGUCUGGGCCGUCACCCAGAGGGAUUGUGUUGACGCCAUCCUCAUGUUCCUCAUCGGCCUGCUCCUGAUCAUCCUGACGGACAUUGUGCACAUCAGCCUGUAUUACCCGUCAUGCCUGUCGGACACUGUGCGCUUCAGCAGCGGCAUGGCCAUCUUUAGUCUCCUCCUGAAGCCGCUGUCCUGCUUCUUUGCCUACCAGAUGUACCGGGAGCACAGGGGAGAGUCUGCCUUCAGUUUAGGCGUUCUUGGUGUGGCGCAGGACCCCAGUGCGUACCAGUCCAUCGACCACGCCGAUCUGCCACACCCCUUUCCGGACGCAUCCAGCAAGAUGGCUCCACCUGCCCCUACUGAGAUGCUGUCCUUCGUUGGGUCUCCAGCCUGUGUUACUUCUUCUCGUCCUGUGCCCUUUACUUGCUGCAUUUGGGAAUAA